UAGAUUUAAGAGCAUCUAGCAGUGAGCCAAAAGUAGCUCCUCCUUUACUGUCAACAUCAUCAGCUCUGGACAACCACUCGAAGAGGCAUUCAGUUAAACAAUCAUCUGUUGUGUCAUAGACUUUUUUAAUGUCGUCGAGUGUGUCCUUGUGUAAUCCUAGUGUCAGUCCAAGCUCGUGCCAUCUCUCUUGAGGGAAACCUCAUACUUCCAAAAGACAAACAACAUUUGACACUUCAUCUAUUCAUACAAAAUAAAACGUAUUGUAUAAAUAGUGAAUGAAUAUUACUGACCAGGUGUCCACUGAUAAGAGUAGAGAGGAUUUUUAGGUGCCAUAGCAGAUUAGCCUAACUAUAGAAGAAAGGAUGUCAGUUGAGAAGAUACCAGUUGGUUGUAAUGCAAAUAAAAAGGGAGGGGCUCAGUUUAGGGAGUCAUAUUUAACCCUCAAUAUGGCAGCUUUGGAUCAAUUCCUGAUGCAUGUUGAUAGGUCUAUUAAAGAAUGUGAUGGUGAACUAUUAUCAGAGCUUGUAGCUUUAAAAGACUCUCAUGUAUUUAAUGGAGAUGCUGAGUCAGCAUGUCAGGUUAUUUUAGACUCUCCUUAUGAUGAAAUGUUAGCAGCUCACAUAAGGUGUGUUCAUUCAUUAGCUAAUGGACAUUUUGAUGAAGCAUUUGCUUGUCAAACAUUAGUAGUACAAUCAUUUUGUAAAGGAUUCCAGGCACAGAAAGAAGAAAAUUGGGGUCUGCCAGUUCUUCAACAAGUUGUUCUUGAUUUAAGAAGAAUCGCUUUAAAAGCGGAGUCUGUUGCUAAGGAGCGAGUUGGUGUUGUCAAGGGAAAGAAAGAAGGUGAGAUAUUGGAAAGAGCUGCCGAACAAAUCAUGAGCUGUUUUCGUGUCUGUGUCUCUGACAGUCGUACUUCACUUGAUAAUACUAAGAGAUGGGGUACUCUUGGAAUCGUUAAUCAAUUAUUUAAAAUUUAUUUUAAGCUCAAUAAGCUCCCAUUGUGUAAGCCUCUUAUAAGAGCAAUAGAUAGUUCUGAUAUCAGAGAUGAGUUCAGUAUCAGUCACAGGGUAACAUACAAAUAUUUUGUUGGGAGGAAGGCAAUGUUUGAUAGUGAAUAUAGAGCAGCUUCUGAAGCACUUCAGUUUGCUUUCUCUCAUUGUCAUAAAUCUUGUCAUCAUAAUAAGAAGCUGAUUCUUACUUAUCUAAUACCAUUAAAGAUGAUGUUUGGUCAAAUGCCAAGGAAAGAAUUAUUGGAUGAGUAUAAUUUAUUACCUUUUUAUGAUGUAGCACUAACUGUUAGUACUGGUAAUCUUUACAUGUUUGCGAAAGCUUUGGAGGAGCAUGAGGGUUUCUUCAUUAAGGCUGGUAUUUAUCUAAUAUUGGAAAAACUAAGGACUGUCGCAUUAAGAAACCUCUUCAAGAAAGUUUGGAUAUUGCUUGGCAGGAUUCAUCAGUUAGAAUUGAAAGCUUUUGAGGAUUCAUUGAAAUUAAAUAAAGAGGAUGAGAUUGAUGCUGAUGAAGUUGAAUGUAUCAUAGCCAAUCUUAUUGAUAAGGGUAAAAUAAAAGGUUACAUAUCACACAGUCAUCAAAAACUGGUUGUCAGCAAACAAAACCCAUUCCCUUCAUUAUCAUCAUUUUAAUAAUUAUUAUUUGGAAUAAUUACACGUAGCAAA